UAAUUAAAAUAUCGGGAAAAAUGCAGAAUAAUUUGGAAAAAUUUGGGAACAAAUCUGGGAUGGUGAAGUUGGGUCGUAUUUGUUCGUACUGUGAUGGUUUUUCUCGUUCAUUUUGACGUGUGUGGCUACACACGUAAAUGACGUUUGCAUGUAACCCCCCAGGUUAGGGAAAAUUGAGAGAUAAAUUGAUUGAAAUUAAUUGUAGCUUCAAAGUGCAGCGUCGCAGCCUCAAAAAGUUGAGUUUUACAGCAAUUAAAUACUAGUAAAUGUGCCUUGUGGUUAGAAUGUGUCUUACUAAUUUAUUUUUUUUUUGUGCCAAGCUUAGCUUCUUUUCUAAAAUACAAAUUAUCUCGAUGGAGCUUCUGUCGAAAUAAUACCACGUGACUACAUUUGACGCUGAACGUCUGCGCGCUGUCUUAAUUCAACGCGUAGUGUAACCUCAAAUCAUCGAUUAUAAAUGUGGUGUAAAUACACGUGCCUAAAACAUCUUUGAAGUAAAACGGAGCAUUUGAACAAUGGGGAAGGCUAAAAAAAUCAAGAUCUCAAAACGUGAUGCAGGGCAAUCGAAUGUCGGCUUAGCAGAGCAGAUUGAGGGCGAAAAAAUAGUGAAAUCGAAGAACAGACGGAAGAUUAGAAACAGAAAAGAUGAAGAUGAAAUGUUUGUGGAUGCUGAUCUUUCACAAAAAAUUUUGGCACAAGCUAGACGUCAACAACUGGAGAUAGAAGAGGAGAAUGACUUAGAAAGGCCAUCAAAAUCCCUGAAGAAGCCUGUCACCAAACUUGGUAACGACAGUGACGUCGAUGCCCAGGAAUCUAGCGAUGAAGAGCUUGGGAAUGAUUACUUCGAGAAUGUAGAAAUAAAUGAAGAAGAUGAACGAGCUUUGGAAAUGUUUAUGAACAGAGAUAAGGCUCCGAUGCGGACGUUAGCGGAUAUAAUAAUGGAAAAAUUGACAGAGAAAAAGACUGAAAUCCAAACACAAUUUUCUGAUGCUGGCUCCCUUCAGAUGCAGGAAUUAGAUCCAAGAGUUCGUCAAAUGUUCGAAGGAGUUAGAGAUGUUCUAGCUAAAUAUCGGAGUGGAAAGUUACCAAAAGCUUUCAAGAUUGUACCUAAUUUGAGGAAUUGGGAGCAAAUAUUAUACAUAACAGAUCCGCCCAAAUGGUCAGCUGCUGCAAUGUAUCAAGCAACUCGAAUUUUUGCAUCAAAUCUAAAGGAGAAAAUGGCCCAAAGGUUUUUUAAUCUUGUUCUUCUUCCUCGAGUAAGAGACGAUCUUGUUGAGUACAAGAGACUCAACUUCCAUCUCUAUCAGGCAUUGAGAAAAGCUUUAUUCAAGCCUGGUGGUUUCAUGAAAGGGAUACUCUUGCCUCUUUUGGAUUCUGGUACUUGCACGUUGAGGGAAGCCACCAUAAUUGGCUCAGUUGUUGCCAAAAACUCAAUACCCAUUUUGCACUCAUCGGCAGCUAUUCUGAAAAUAGCGGAAAUGGAUUAUACCGGAGCCAGUAGUAUAUUUUUAAGGGUAUUCUUGGACAAAAAAUAUGCUCUUCCCUAUCGUGUCGUCGAUGCUGUUGUAUUUCAUUUCCUGAGGUUCAGUACAGACACGAGAGAACUACCUGUUCUCUGGCACCAGGCUCUUCUAACUUUUGCCCAGCGCUACAAAAGCGACAUCAGUUCAGAGCAAAAAGAAGCACUCCUAGCAUUGCUGAAAAAGCAAUCCCACCACACGAUCACACCGGAAGUAAGAAGAGAGUUACAACAUGCUAAGUGCAGAGAUAUAGAAGUUACAGAGCCCGCAGUUGAACAGAUGAUAACAGAUACGAAAUGAUGAUUUAGAGAUAUACGGAUUUGCGCAAAUCUUUCUCAAUAUAUAUGGAUAUCUCUUGUAACAAAUUUAUUCUCAAAUAUAUGUAAUUGUAAAUUA